AUGGCGUCUAACUCUUUAAUUACUUCUGAGUUUAGUGGUAUCCCGCUCAAGGGUAUUGCUUUUACCAAUGUUUCAUUGGAUACUCCUGUUUUGAAAUAUCAGCCAUUGAACAACUCAAAUGCAGAUUCCUUGGCACCGUUAGCUUUGGACAACACGUCUAUUCCGUCAACUAUUGUAUGGCUGGAUGAGAGCUACUUUAUUGUGAUGUAUGAAAACAAACCGUAUUUUGACUUAUUUGAUUCGAACGAUCUAACCAAGAUUUCUCAACACGUGGACUUGAUUGUUUCCUCAAGCAAUGCAUCUUGUGCAUGUGCUGUCUUUGAUGCAACUACAAGCCAACUAUAUUUGAUGGACACGUCCAAUAGAUUUUACAGAUAUACGUUUGACAAAUAUUCUGCCCAUGAAGAUGCUAAGCUGGACCUGUUGUCAAAUUUUGUGAUAGCCGAAUUGACCGAAACCAUUAGCAAAAUGGCAUUAUCCCCACAAUCCAAUGAGAGAAUAUACCUAAUGUCAAACUCGCUAUACCAGUUUGAUUUGGGGUCGAAAACAAUUGUUGGAUCUUUGAACUUGUUUGUGGAGAAAACAAACUGCUUCCAAGUAUAUGAUGAUUAUUUACUGAUAUCAUCCACUAACGAUAGGUUUAUCAACGUAGUCGAUUUGAAUCACUUGAAAACCACUUGCAUUUUUGUUAUGAACGCACCUGUUAUCAAAUUCAGCCUAGUGAAACACAAGAAGAAGAGUCUUUUGGCAGCUAUUGACCAAGAUGGAUUCGUUGAACUAUUUUCAGAACCCUUGGAACAGAUUUUAUCAUCAUCAUCAUUAUCAUCCUCUUCGUCUUCUUCGACAGCUUCAAAAAGGAGAAGAAGAGCUGCUAAUGCUGUCAAAAGUAUACAAUACAACAGUAUUUUGAAAGUGGCUGAAGACGUUUCCGGUUUGUUUACUAAAGUUGACAAUAUGAUUUUUGAUCAUGAUAACCUGAUAAUUUCUUAUCUACAAAAUGAAAACUUCUUUGUCUUGGACAGAUUUAACUGGUUUGUCAAUCCUAUAGAUCAACUGGAAAUCAAAAUAGCCAGGAAGAAAUCUUCUGUGGACGCUUUAAAAUUGAGAACCCAAGAUAAGGCAUCACUGAAGAAUUAUUCCGAAAAUAGUCAAAAUUUUACUAUUCGGACAGGUGAUAAUUAUAUUGAUCUUGAUCCAAUUUCAAUUCAAGACACAGACAGCCCACAAGAAAAUGCUGAAGACGAUGAAGAUGAUAUUGGGGACGAUUUCAGUACACUCGUCACUCGUUUAGAUAAGAGUACCAAUGCUCUAAACGACAAGUCAUUGAAAAAAAAGAGAUCCAAAGUAAAUGAACAAACAAAAUUUGGUUUCCAAGUCGGUACAUUGACAACUAACAUUUCUCAAGCAUUGCGUAAUAACGAUAGCUCACUAUUUGAUAGCAUUAUCAACACUGCAACCGAUGAAAAUGUGGUAAAAUCUACCAUCUCACAACUUGAACAACACACAGUAUUGAAGAUAUUAGAUAAAUUAGCAGAACUUGUAUAUAAAAACAAAUUCAAAAAUACUAACGAAGGUGCUGACUUAGGUUUAGGUAAUUCUAGUAUUAACUUAACGACAUGGAUAAGAUACGUUUUGGUUUUUCAUGGCACUUACCUAAUAGGAAGUUCUAAUGGGAACGCCGAUUUACGUCGCAGAUUAGGCUUACUCGCUCUGAGUAUGAAGAAGAGAGCUGGUAAUAUGAAUAGACUUUUGGAAUUGAAAGGAAGCCUUUCUUUGGUUGCCACUAAGGCGGCUGUUAUAAGAGAAGUUGAAAAUCUUGAAACCAACGGCACUAUUGAUAACGAUGAGUUGGUAGAGGAAGACGUUGAAUAUAUUGAAGAUGAAGAAGAUGUAGAUAUGUUGGAGAAAGAUCUUACAGACUCGGAUACAGAAAAUGAGCAGUACAUCGCUGAAACUAUUGAUGAAGGUAUGGAAUCAGAGGACGAUCUAGAAUAA